AUGAGCCGCAAACAGUCAAUUGCUCUCACAAGACAGUUCCUUGUUACACGACUCUUUCCCAAUCUCAACUCGCCCAAGGAGUACGACAGCAACCAGCAGAAAGAUCGUAAACAUACACUGACCGAUGUCUUCAAGAAAACAUACGCAGUAUUUCCAAAUGCGAUCGAUUUCGCGCUCGUCCAGGAUCCGUUGCCACCCAUUAUUGUGAAGAUUUCGCAACUGAACUGGGCAGCUGCUGGCUUCUCGAAAGUGUCGCAAAACAUCAGAUGCACUUCUGGACAAAGCGCUCUGGCUACCAUUCAGAAGUUCGGCGAGGAUGCCUGCUUCGCUCUAACCAACAGUCGUAGAAAAGACUACAUCGGCAUCGCUGACGGCGUGGGAGGCUGGCGGGAUCGCGGGUUCGAUCCCUCCGUCUUCUCCUCCUCCCUGAUGCGAAUCUGCAAAGAUAUGGCCAACAAGAAGCAAGAGGAUCCCAUGCGUCUCAUCGACGACUCUUACAAUAAGCUUUUGUUGCUGAACAAAAAGAAAAACUUCCAAAUCGUGGGUUCGUCGACAGUUUGCAUCCUCUCCUUCGAGCAGGAAACGGGAAUCCUGACAACGGCGAAUCUCGGCGACUCGGGCUACCUAAUCGUCCGCAACGGCGAAAUCAUAGACAGGAGUGAAAAACAGACUCACAAGUUUAACAUUCCAAAGCAACUGGCUUAUGCGCCGCCAAGUCUGCGAUUUAUCGCUGAUAUGCCGUCUGAUGCACACGAGAAGAAAUUUGUAACGCACCCGGGAGAUCUAAUCGUCACAGCUACCGAUGGUCUGUUCGACAACGUCCCCGACGAAGUACUACUCCAGGAGCUCUCGUACCUUCCCCAUGCCGAUCAAAUCCACACGCAAGACCUGGAGCGCACGGCAAAGUGCCUGGCCUCGCGCGCGCACAAGAACGCGCUCAACAAAUCGUACGUUUCUCCCUUCGCCCUCGCCGCCAAAAGCGCCGGCUUCCACUAUACUGGCGGCAAAAUGGACGACGUAACGGUCAUUGUCUCCGUUGUGUCCGACCUGGGUACUGAAGUGUAG